AUGGCGUGCUGCCGCUCCGGUCGGUCCCCCACUACCCUCGAGCUCUAUGCCGGAUCAGCCGCGGCAAGUCACAGUUUCACUAGCGAGGCUGCUCACAUGCUUUUCCCGAUGUACACCAUGCCUUCCGAACGCCUGCUGCAGAUGACCGUGAUCGAACCGCACGAAGUGCUCAAGGCCAGGGGAGACAUCGUGGUGUUCAGCGCCAGCAUGGGCAAGGCCGCUUUCGUCUCACACCAGUGGGCCGCCAAGCACCACCCAGACCCCGAGCUCAAGCAGUUCCGGGUCCUGCAGGGUGCCUUGAGGCAUAUGCUGGGCGGUUUGGGUUUUAUCCCGCUGGACCCUGUCACUGAAGCUCUCGUACCCACUGCCCAGUGCCUUCCAUUGCACGAGUUCCGAUCCCAGCCGGUGUUUUUCUGGUACGACUACAUCUCCUGCCCGCAGAUGGAGUGUGCGGGCCGCAGCGAUGCCUGCACCGCCGGUGACCUGCGCCAGGCCAUCCACAGCAUCCCAGGCUACAUCGCCCGGUGCUCCUUCUUUUUCGGCCUCUGCCCUGUCAUCGACACCAGCGAUGGGAAGGUUCUGACACCUGCCAGCUGGACUCAGCGCGCUUGGUGCCGUUUUGAGAGAGCACUCCGGGAGCUUUCCCGGGACGAGACCUGGAUUCUCAUCAAGAGCGAGACUUCCCUGGAGGUGGUGGGCUCCGCACUGGCAUUUCUCGGCGGAUCGGCCGGCGAAGGCCAGUUUACUCAGCAAGGGGACCGGGAGAAGCUGGGCCCCGUGCUAAGAGAAGCCGUGCUUCGGAAGUUGGCCCUGUGCCUGAGACUUGGGGAUUUCGCGGCGUACCGCCGGCACCUGAACCUGCAGGGGGUCUACUUCAGGGGCCUGAAAGUAGAGCCCGUACAGGGCCUCAUCCCCAUUCCAGCUUCAAGCCUUUGUGAGAGCGCUGACCACCCCCUGGUGGCAGAGUUCUUCCUGCAGAACGGGUUCACGAAGCCCCGCGACUUGGAUGACGCGGGGUGGUCAGUCUUGCACUACGCCACGCUGAGUGGAAACACGAAUCUGGUCAGCUGCUUGCUGAAGCUGCGCGCCGAACCGAACCGGCGCACGUCCAGAGACCAGCCGAACCUGGGAUGUCCCCGAUGGACAUCGGCCUUGGACCUGGCCAUGCUCUUCAAGCAGAAUGAUGUGGCGAGCCUGCUGAUCGCAGCACGGGCCAAGCUCGAGGGUGGGGUUCUCCAGGCCAUGCACUUCGCAGCCAUUGCGGACAAUGCGGCAGGCAUCCGCCUUCUCUGCGCCGCGGGCGCAGACCCGCUGGCGAAGGAUCUGCUUGGCACCCCAGCCGUCUGCACUGCCGCUGGCUACGGUGCGAUGGAAGCACUGGAAGAGCUGGUGUUAAGGGCCAACCAUGAACCCUCCAUCAUGUCGCGUGCUCUGUGUAUGGCGGCCGGCGGCGGGGGCAGCUCUGCAGAAAUGGUGGGUCGCCUCAUUGAGCUCAAGGCCGAUGUGGACUAUCAGAACGAGACGCAGUUCCGGUCUCUCGCAUUCCUGCUUGUCACCGUAAAGUCGCUGCAACACAGAUUCGGCCGAGGAACCAGCUUGUCGGCCUUCUUCUACCACUGGGCGGGCAUGACGCCACUGAUGGCCGCCCUGCUGGCAGCACAGCACGAGGGGGCGGCGGCGUUGGUGGCAGCCGGCGCCCGCCUCGACCUCCGAAACUGCCGGAUGGAGUAG